AUGGAAGACCAAGUCUUUGCCUCCCUAGAGCGCUGGUACCUCAACCCCCCUCCUCCUCAAGACGAAACAUCCCGCCCAACCUCAGAAAGCAACACCUUGGCUAACUCCCACAGUCCCAUGUACGCCUCCUUCUUCGGCGCAAUGGGAAUCGCGUCCGCCAUCGUCUUCACCACAUUCGGCGCCGCCUACGGCACGGCCAAGUCCUCCAUUGCCAUCUUCUCCUGCGGCGUCCUCCGACCCGACCGCCUGAUGCAGAACACUCUAUGCUCCGUCAUGGCCCAGAUCCUCUCCAUCUACGGCCUCGUCUCGGCCGUCAUCAUGUCCAACGGCAUCAGGGAGAGGAUGCCCGCCCACACCGGGUUCCUCCAGCUCGGGGCCGGCAUGGCCGUCGGCCUGUGCGGACUGGCAGCCGGGUUUGCCAUCGGCAUCGUCGGCGACGCGGGCGUGCGGGCGAGCACCCAGCAGCCGCGGCUGUACGUGGGAAUGGUCCUCAUCCUCAUCUUUGCCGAAGUCCUCGGCCUCUACGGCGUCAUUGUUUCCAUCCUCAUGAUUACAAAGUCUACUCUCGACGUCGCCGAGUGCAGGUACUGA